CACCUGGAUUACAAGAUUACAAGGUGGCCCACAUCGGACUGUUCAGCCUUUCAGUGAUGAAGACGCGUCCAUCGAAACAAUGAGUCACUGCAGUGGCUACAGCGACCCUUCCAGUUUCGCCGAGGAUGGACCAGAAGUCCUUGAUGAGGAAGGAACUCAAGAAGACUUAGAGUACAAAUUGAAGGGAUUAAUUGACCUAACCCUUGAUAAGAGUGCAAAGACAAGACAGGCAGCUCUUGAAGGUGUUAAAAAUGCACUGUCUUCAAAAGUGCUGUAUGAGUUUGUUCUGGAGAGAAGAAUGACUUUAACUGAUAGCAUUGAGCGCUGUCUGAAAAAAGGAAAGAGUGACGAGCAGCGUGCAGCUGCAGCACUGGCAUCUGUUCUUUGUGUUCAGUUGGGCCCUGGAUUUGAGAGUGAAGAGAUUUUAAAGACUCUUGGACCAAUCCUAAAAAAAAUCAUUUGUGAUGGAACAGCUAGUAUCCAGGCUAGGCAAACUUGUGCAACUUGCUUUGGGGUUUGCUGUUUUAUUGCCACGGAUGACAUCACUGAGCUGUAUUCAACUUUGGAAUGCUUGGAAGCUAUCUUCACCAAGUCCUAUCUUAAAGAGAAAGAUGCUAAUGUUGUCUGCAGCAGCCCUAACACAGGGCUUCACAUCAGCUCCCUUCUGGCAUGGACCUUAUUACUGACCAUAUGCCCAGUCAGUGAAGUGAAGAAAAAACUAGAAUUGCAUUUCCAUAAACUUCCAAGCCUCCUUUCUUGUGAUGAUGUAAACAUGAGAAUUGCCGCUGGCGAAUCUUUGGCACUUCUGUUUGAGUUGGCCAGAGGAAUGGAUAGUGACUUUUUUUAUGAAGACAUGGAGUCUUUGACCCAGAUGCUCCGGGCUCUGGCUACAGAUGGCAAUAAGCACCGUGCCAAAGUGGACAAGAGGAAGCAGCGUUCCGUCUUCAGAGAUGUCCUGCGGGCUGUGGAGGAACGGGAUUUUCCAACAGAAACUGUUAAGUUUGGUCCUGAACGCAUGUAUAUUGAUAGCUGGGUCAAAAAACAUACCUAUGACACCUUUAAGGAGGUUCUUGGAUCAGGGAUGCAGUACCACUUGCAGACAAAUGAAUUCCUUCGAAAUGUAUUUGAACUUGGACCCCCUGUGAUGCUUGAUGCUGCAACACUCAAGACCAUGAAGAUUUCUCGUUUUGAAAGGCAUUUAUAUAACUCUGCAGCUUUCAAAGCUCGAACAAAAGCUCGAAGCAAAUGUCGAGAUAAGAGAGCAGAUGUUGGAGAAUUCUUCUAGAUGUCUGCAUUUGAUGGCUGUUUUCUAAUUUCUUCCUUUAUUAUUAUUUUUGCUACUUAUAAUGUAUAUAAACUUUAGAGAGUUUUUUUAUCUUGAGGUCAACUUAGAUAAUUUUUGAUGUAGGGGUGGAUUAUAUUUUAAUUUAAUGUACAGUCUUACAAAUUAAUGAAUUCUGUUUAUUAAAUAUUCUCUGUAAAAAUAACUGGUAGCCACAAAUAAAGUAUUUAUGAUGAUUGGUCA